GGCAGGAACGACGAUCUUUGCACAACGAUGACUCUUUCUUCUUCAUCUCUAUCAUGUAUUUAUUCCCUUGAACCAGUUUCUGAAUCUCGAAAGUACUUUCUUAUCUUCUUUCCUCACCACGAAGACGUCCAAGAUGGCUUUCUCCGCAGCUACCUCGGAAGAUUUUGAGAUGAUUGAUCACCGAGAAGUUAAUCUAGACCCUGAGGAUCUAGCCAAAUUGCAAGGAUGGCUUCAGCCCACCGACUACACGGCCGACUCCAGCGAGUUCCGCCGCCAUCUUUCAUCCCAAGCUCCCGGAACAGGCCUUUGGAUCUGCAAUACCGCACGGUAUCAACAAUGGCACCAAUCAGAUGGCCACAGUAGUCUCUGGGUGAAGGGUGUCCCAGGAGCAGGAAAGUCCGUCAUAGCUGCAUCGAUGGUAGAGCAUUUGAGCUCGACAGAAGAUGUGCCCGUGCUGUACUUCUUCUUUCGUUACAUUGUGGCGGCAAACCGGAAGCCACGGAACCUGAUCCAAGAUUUCCUCGCUCAGCUUCUACCCCGCUGUCCUAGACUACAAGGAACACUUCAGCCGCUUCUGGGGAGCGAACUGGAUCAUCUUUCUGAUGAGCGGCUAUGGGAGUUCCUACUGCUUGGGCUUGCCUCGAUAGAGAAGACCUAUUGUGUUGUAGACGCUAUGGAUGAGAUGGAACUGGGGUCCAAUGAUACUUUCCUACAACGCUUGAAUGGCUUGGCAACGUUUCGACCAGAAUCAGUCAAGCUUUUUAUGACAAGCAGACCAAAACAGUACCUCCAAAGUGCUCUGCACGAUGCAUCGAUUGUCCACAUCAGCCUAGAAGAUGAUCUUGUGGGCAAGGAUAUUGCCGUUUUCGUUGCUCAUCGACUCAAAGAUGUCCUGUCAGGUGACGAAAAUGCUCAGCUUCGAGCAAGUCUGGAGUCUACGAUAUGCGAAAGAUCUCGAGGGCUGUUUCUAUAUGCUCGACUUUUGGUAGAUCAGAUCAUACCGAAGUUGCAUGCAACAGGACAACUCGACGUUCAGAAGCUUGCAAAAAGUUUACCCAUAGGUCUCGAGGAUAUGUACAAUACUAUGCUAUACCAGAACACUGAAAGCGAGAAAAUUACGACAGACAUUCAAGUUUUUCUACUCGAGUUUGUCACUCAUUCAUCUCGAGCUCUUCGCUUGAACGAACUUGCAAACGUCCUGGCUUCAGAAUUUCCUUCAGAGAGGCUACCAGGAACACCUAAGAAUGUGGCAAGGACAGCUUGUGCACCACUCCUAGAAAUUCUGGAAGAUGAGACAGUACAAGUCAUCCAUCAUUCCUUCACCGAAUUUCUGCUGGACACUGAGAGGACGAAAGAUGUCAGCAAUGAUAGUACUCCACAAUUUCCUGUUCUCGAUCCUCCCAAAGUUCACAAGAGGUUGGCAAUGGUUUCAUUGAAGUAUCUACAGUCUGGAGUUCUUCGACACCCUGAUGCAGAAGAGUUUGAAAAGGCAUCAAAGUGUGAUUGUGACGGCGAUUUUGAUUGCCGCUGUCGACGUGGGCAGAAGAAGAUGGAAGAUCCAUACGAUUACCAAGAAGCAAGAUUGCGGUACCCUUUUCUUGAGUACGCUAUCAAAAAUUGGGCAUAUCACUGCCAUCGAUAUGAUGCCGAUGAUGAAGAUUUUCUUCAAGCUGUGUCAUCUUUCAUGGACCCUAAGAGCUUAGAUUUCAGGCAGUGGCUACGACUUGAGUGGACAAGACGCCAAGUCCCAGGAGCUGCUCAGACACCUGCUCCACUUCAUGUUGCCGCCUUUGCCGGUAUGUCGAAAUAUGCUGCUCGCUUGCUUCGAGAUGGCCAGAUUGUCGAUCCACUUGAUGCUGAUCAGCUCACUCCUCUACAUUGGGCCUGCAGACGUGGGCAUGUUGAGAUAGCGACUCUCCUUCUUCAGGGUGGAGCGGAUGCCAAUGCGCAUAGUUGUCGCGGAGUAGUGCCUCUACACGAAGCGGCUAAAAGAAACCAUUCAACAAUUGUCAAACUUCUCUUAGACGCUGGGGUCGAUCCAAUCGCUACAAAAACAAAGGAGAAUCACGGAGGGAGGCUACUUGGUGGGGAGAGAUCUACAAAAGGCGAAACAGCCAUUGAAUAUGCAUGUCAACAAGGACAUCUCGAUACCAUUACUGUCAUGCUCCCAUACCUCAAGCCUGCAUCUUUCGAAGAAGUUCUUGGCCGAGCUUGCCGGUGUGGCGAAUUUGAGAUCGUCAAAGCUGUUCUGCUGAAUACGGACGUUUCACCUAAUACGAGAUUCGAAGGUGGUACUCCACUCUAUGUUGCAGCGACAGGUCACAACACAAGUAUCGUUGAGAUCCUGCUGAGUAAAGAAGCCGAUCCCCUCGAGAUGUGUGAUUAUCAACCGAAUUACCGCAUCAAUGGUGCAGGUAGACGUUUGAGAGCUGGCCCGAUGAAAGCGCCCAUUCACGCUCUGGUUCAUCAAUGGAAUGAAUCAACACACGUUGCAUGCCAACAAAUCCUAAACAUGUUAUCAGGAGCAGGAGCAAAUAUUGAUGCAAAGAAUGGGGAAGGAAAUACGCCACUUCUAAGUCUAUUUGACGUUCGACAUGCAGCGCCACUCAUUGCAGUAAAGAGUUUACUCGAAGCCGGUGCCGAUGUGUCUGCCGUUGACCGGAACGGAGAUUCUGUCCUGUUUCGCGCUUUGCAGAACUGCAAGAACGUUGAAAUUAUCAAGCUCUUACUAGACCUUGGAGCCAGACCAGAUGCCCGGGGCAGUAAAGGAGAAACAGCCUUGCAUCAAAUCCUUUCACACCCACAUGGCAAUAUUGAGGACAGCAUCAAUGAGAUCAUCUUACUACUUCUGGAAAAAGGAGUUAGACCAGACCUUAAGAAUGAUUUUGGCAGAACAGCUUUGGAAAGCGCGAUCUUGACCGCGACCUGUACUCUGAAGACUUUCAAGCUUCUGCUCAACAAGUGCGAUAAUACCGCCGCGCAGGGAUGCAUGUGGCUACUAGGGAGCAGGAAAACUAUUGAAGAAACCAAACAAUUCAUUGAGCUGCUUCUCUCGCAUGGAGCUUCGCUGGAAGGACGAUCCAAGACUGGCAAGACACCCAUCCUCGCCGAUCUUCGGAAUCAGAAAGCUGUCAAAGCGCUAAGGCAACUCGGGGCCGAUAUUUAUGCCGUAGAUAAUCAUGGUCGUGGAAUCUUACAUUGCUUCACAAGCAUCAUGGGAGGUCACACCUUACUAGACGUAUUCCUGAAGUAUGUAGGCUAUGGGCUAGAUCCUUUGGUGGUUGAUAAUGAGGGCAAUUCCAUCUUACAUGUUGCGGUGGGCAAUUUUGAGGGGACGGCGAGAAAUAUCGAGUUUAUUAAGUAUCUGCUAGAAGCGGGAAUCUCGAUGAAUGCAAGGAACAAAGAGGGCGAGACGCCGUUGAUGGUAAAUGUUGAGUUGGCACACGUCCACUCCUCGAGCAAUGAGAAGAGGGUUUCGUUGUUGGAUAUAUUCAGAAGACACGAACAGAAAGAAAAGCUGGAUCUCAACGCGCAAGACAACGACGGCCUAGCAGCGAUCCACCUGGCAACUCUUCGCUCAGAAUUCGAACUCUUUUCCCUCCUUUCUGCAGGCGCAGACCCGACUCUUGUAACAAAGGAAAAGCGCACCAUUCUUCAUCUCGCAUGUCGAGCACGUCAAACCAAUACUAUUGCGUUGAUCAUAGAUAAGUACCGACAUCCUUGAGGAUCUCUGAGCUUAGACAUCGCGGAAUCGAUUGGUAAUUCGCAUCAUUGGGC